GGAAGUCGAAGCGGCGGUGGCGGCGGCCCACAGCGGAGGCAGUAGGCACGGGAGCCCGAUAUCCGAAGCCCGGAGUCGCCGCGGCGGUAAUAGCCCGAGACCCCUCUAGGCCACCGUCCUUCUUGGCGCGGGACCGCGGGGUUCGACGGGAGUUGGCGAAAGAGACCCCUCCCUGUGCGGCGCGGAGGGGGCGGCGGCCCCAACGCUGACCCGCGCCGGGCGGCGGGGGGCCAUGGCGGAGAUCAGCGACCUGGACCGGCAGAUCGAGCAACUGCGGCGCUGCGAGCUCAUCAAAGAGAGUGAAGUCAAGGCCCUGUGUGCCAAGGCCAGAGAGAUCUUGGUGGAGGAGAGCAACGUGCAGAGGGUGGACUCGCCAGUCACGGUGUGUGGUGACAUCCAUGGCCAGUUUUAUGACCUCAAGGAGCUGUUCAGAGUUGGUGGUGAUGUCCCUGAGACCAACUACCUCUUCAUGGGGGACUUUGUGGACCGUGGCUUCUACAGCGUCGAGACGUUCCUCCUGUUGCUGGCCCUGAAGGUUCGCUAUCCUGACCGCAUCACCCUGAUCCGUGGCAACCAUGAGAGCCGCCAGAUCACUCAGGUCUACGGCUUCUACGAUGAGUGCCUGCGCAAGUACGGCUCGGUGACUGUGUGGCGCUACUGCACCGAGAUCUUCGACUACCUCAGCCUGUCGGCCAUCAUCGACGGCAAGAUCUUCUGCGUGCACGGGGGCCUCUCGCCCUCUAUCCAGACGCUGGACCAGAUCAGGACGAUUGACCGGAAACAGGAGGUGCCACAUGAUGGCCCAAUGUGUGACCUACUGUGGUCCGAUCCAGAAGACACCACAGGCUGGGGCGUGAGUCCCCGUGGGGCCGGCUACCUGUUUGGCAGUGACGUGGUAGCUCAGUUCAAUGCGGCCAAUGACAUUGACAUGAUCUGCCGUGCCCACCAACUGGUGAUGGAAGGUUACAAGUGGCACUUCAACGAGACGGUGCUCACCGUGUGGUCAGCGCCCAACUACUGCUACCGCUGUGGGAACGUGGCGGCAAUCUUGGAGCUGGACGAACAUCUGCAGAAAGAUUUCAUCAUCUUUGAGGCUGCACCCCAGGAGACCCGGGGCAUCCCCUCCAAGAAGCCUGUGGCUGACUACUUCCUGUGAGCCCCGGCCCCACCCCUCUACCCCCCGGCCCUCGGACCACUGUGACUCUGCCCUCUGCCCCAUCUGGAGGCUGGGCAUGGCGGGGGGCUGCCCCACUCUGCUCUCCCCCCAAGAGGGUACCCCACGAGGGUGAGGACUUAGCAGAGAGGUUGAGGCCUAGCAUCACGUGCCUCCUCUCCUCUCUCCCCACUUGAACCAUGAAGUUUCCAGUCAUUUUUGUUUUCUUUUUUCCUUUUUUUUUUUCUGUUGGUUUUUAGAUAAAAGUUUUGAGAAAAAAAAAAAGAAAAAAAUUCUAAUAAAAGA